AAUAUGAUAUAAACUGACAAAUCAUAAUAAAGUAAAGUGAGAAGAGUCGCAAUGGAAAAUAUUGCUUGUCUGCUUGGAUUAUUUUGUUGGAUUUUGGUUAGAGUGUGCUCUGCAUUAGACUGUAAAGAACAAGCUUAUGCCUUCAAUGGGAAGAGGUGCUGCAAUAAAUGUCCACCUGGACAGGGAUUAAUUCAUGAUUGCUCUCAUGGUAAUGAUACGCAGUGUGGAUCUUGUGUACAAGGACGGACAUUUUCACCAGAUUUCUGGCAUACAGAGAAGUGUCAAAAUUGUUCUGAAUGUAAAAAAGAUUCUCACGUGAAAACACAAUGCACAGUUACAGAAGAUACCAUCUGUGAAUGUAAUGUUGACUUUUACUUCCAUACUGUAGCUAAAGAAUGUUCAUUGUGUAAUUUUUGUCCAAUCGGAUAUGGUGCCAUCAUUCCCUGCAAUAGAUUACAGAACUCUAUUUGUCUCAAAUGUCCUAAUGGGACUUACUCUGAUGUUAAAAGUGCAACAUUGCCAUGUAAACGUUGUACCAAAUGUUCAUCAGGCCAGGCAGAAUUCAAACCCUGCAGUGACACAGAAAAUACUAUCUGUUAUGGACACCCAAAAGAAAAUUAUACAUCACAACCAACAGCGGCCAAGGAACAGAAAGAUUUUGAUGUGAUACCUGUUUACUGUGCUGUACUUGGUGCUGUCGUACUAGGACUACUAGUUUAUGUUAUAUUUAAACAGUAUAUUAGACUGAAAAAUAGAAAGAUUCAUAAAGGCCAUCAACCUCAUGAAGAAGUUGAAUAUUCCAAAGCUUCAGGAUGUGAUAGUGGAGUUUUUGUGGAAAAUGAAUUUUGUAAACAAUAUAACCAGCUCAGCAGAGUCAGAGAUUUACCUGUGAAGAAGAAAAAAGAAUUAGAAAAAAAUUUAUCUAUGCAUACCUCUGAUGGUAAUACAUGGAAACAAUUAGCAAAGGAAUUAGGUUAUCAGGAGAAGAAAAUUGAACAGUUUGAAUCCAGUUCAUCUGAAGUUGUCAGUCAUGUACAUAAUUUGUUAAACCAUUGGUCAAAACAUAAACAUUCUACAGUGGAAGUGUUAAUCAAGGCACUUCAAAUUACAAACAGAUUUGAUAUUGUCUUAAUUUUACAAAGAGACAUCACAGAAAUAAAAAGUGGCAAUCAUUUACGUAAUGUUAUUUAAGGAUGUAUCAUAUUAAUAUUUCAUGUUGUUAAUUUAUAUUUAUUAUUGAAAUUUUUAUAACAAUGUAUUUGUCUUUUAAUUUUUGAAGCAUAGGAGUGUGUAACAUUUAAAAGUUAGUUGUUGCAUUUAUGUCUUGAGGAGAAAUAAAUGCUCAUUUGUCACUGAUGUCUUCAAAAUAUCAAAUUUUCUCUGAAUCAACUAAAACUAAUCAGUACCAGACUGAUUUUGUAUACUUUGUAAAGAAUAAUGUUGCUAAAAUAGAAUGCAAGGGCAUACAAAGUAUUAUUUAAAAAAUCCAUCCUGACAAUCACAGUUUUCUUCUCAAUGUUCAGAAUGUCAACAUGUUUCUACUUUCAUUUUUGUCGAGCCUGCAACAUUUAUGUUGGGAAAGCGAGACAUAUAGUGAUCCUAGAUUCUGGUGUCGGCGUCAACAUUUAGGUUCAGUCUGUGGUUAAAGUUUUUCAGUCAUCAAUAACUUUGUCAAACUUUAAUGGAAUUUAAAAACUUAUGAAAUUUGGAAAGAAGCUUGUUUAUGAACAAAAGACAGUGUCCAAAAUUUUGAAAAUGUUUAUUUUCAUUUUUCCAUAUUUUACUGAUAAAUGGACUUAGUUUUUUUUUUUUUUCAGUCUGAGGUUAAAGUUUUUCAGUCAUCUAUAAAUUCGUCAAAUGAAGUUGGAUUUUUUUACAGAUAAAAAGUUGAUACAGUCUGGGGUUAAAGUUUGUUGCAUAUCAAUUUCUUUGUCAAACCUUCAUACAUGUAGAAUUUUAUGUAACUUUGGCAGAAGCAGAAUCUAAGAAUGAUUAAGAGAUAAUGUCUGAAGCAAACUUUGGAAAAUAUUUUUUUUUCAUUUUCAGUAUUUUUCUGAACAAAGGACUUAGGCCGUGCUCACAUUGAGCUUAACUCGGUGUGGUGUACGUGUACACUACACUUUAACUAAACUCAAUUACAUUCCAAUUGAUAAAAAUUAAUGUUUACAUGUAGUUUAAAACAGGUUUUGACUACAUGCAGUCGAUAGUCAAUGUAGGCUUAGUGUGGGUUAAGUGUUCAUAAAACAAAAUAUUAAGAAAGUGGAUUUUAUUGUGAAUAUUUUAGGAAGUUACAUAUAUUGAAUUGAUAUGAUUAUAAUAAUACUAUGAAUUAAGUUAUUUUCCUUUUUAUAUGACAAAAACUCAAAAUUUGCUCCGUAAAAAACAUGAUUGAAUUUAAUCGCCUUAGUGGACCAAUUGAUUUUCAGUUGGAGGGGGAUUUUUUGCUGAUAGAAUAUUCAUUUUACACCGGUUGAUAAUAUACAGCUAAUUUAUAUAGCACGAAAAUUAUUUUCACUUUUUGUACACAACUUUUUCUUGCAAAGUCCUGCAUUUUGUAGGACAAAAUAUUUAUUUUCCUCAUGCCACGGACAAGGUUAUUUUUACAGUUAGUACCAGUCCAGACUAUUCAUUUCCAAAAUCAUCCCAUGUGUGUCUGGGGAAUAGAAAUAUGGCCACUUAGAUCUUCUUCCUAUCGGCCGUAAAACCCUUGCCAAAGUAGGGCGUCCGUUUGGCUGUGCAAGAUGUUCAAGUACUCAGCCACGUCCAUCUUCAUCUCGGACGACCUCUAUUACAGGACCUACCUAUUGUAUAUAUUGUGAAUUUGUUCUCGUCCAGGACAUGCAUUAAAUAUUUGCCACUGGACGUUUAUCAAUCAACAAUCAAUCAAUCAGUCAUUUUCAAAAUCCUUUUUUCGCCUAUUGUUACGCUGUUUUAGCAAAUGUAAUCGCGACAUCCUUAGAACUCUCAAAGUUCUCCAAAUCAAUAGAACGAUUUUCAUAGGUAACGACCAUUCAUCUUUAUGGGACAAACCAUUUUUUAUAUUACUUUAGUAAAAAACAAAAACAAAAUUUCAAUAACAUACAGGAACAUUUUUAAACUCGAUGUUGAAUCCCCCCUCCCUUCCUUUUCAAGAAAUCAAACAAUUUUUCUCACUUCCCUCCUGAAAUAAAAUAUAAUUUUUUCUUUAAAAAAUGAAUUUAAACAAUUUAUCUCCCCCCCUUCCCCCCCAAAAAAAUAGAAAAUAAAAAAAAUAUAUGAAUUGGUCUACGCCUAACUGAUACAAAAGUUUACAGAGAAAUUUUAAUUAAAUUUUAGGUAAUGUACAUGUAAAUUAUGUGUACAUGUUCACUGUGUUUACUGAUGUGAACAAUUUUCAUGUACAGGUAAUUAAAACCAAUGUACAGAUGAGAACAAAUUUAAUGUGAAACCAGAGUUCAUUGCAUGAAACUAAUUGUAAACAGGUUUACAGUACACAGCGUUUGGUGUGAACACGGCCUUAGUUUAUUACAGUUUACAUUUACAGACAGUUUUGGAUUAAAUUUUUUUGACAUGAUAAAUUUGUAAACCUUCAUUGAUUGUUAUGACACUUGGACAGAAGCUAAUCUUCAAGACCAUGAAAUAGCAUCUAUUGAAAAAGUUUGAAUUUUUUUUUAAAUUCUGUAUUUUACUGAUAAAUGGACUCACUUUUUAAGUCAACAUUACACUUUUACACUGACUGCAGUAAUCGCAGGCGAGACACAGGGUUUCACAGAACACCUUAUGAAUUUUUUAACAAAUUUAUCAGACGUUUGAUAUAGAAGUAAUUGCCCUAAAAAGAUGAUUUUUGACCAACUUAAACAUUUUGCCUUUUAUCGUUAAAAUUAUUUUAGAAGGCACAAAAUGUUUUGCAAGUACAAGACAUACACAAAUGCAGAUAAGACCGAAGCAAUCAAUUGACACCUGUUAGAAGUAAUUGCAAAGGCAUUUUUUACAAGUUUUAACAUUUCUGCCUAAUAUCUUGAAAACUAUUGUAAAUAUACAGAAACCAUUAAAUGAUGAGAUGAUUACGUACUUUUCUGCAAUACAGUUGUUUGACAGGUUUUAGGAAUUCCUAUGGGCAAGGGUUGCACCCUUUAAUAGCAGACUAUGUUCUUGUAUUUUAUGAAUCACAGUUUAUAGUACAAUUUGUCUAAAUAAUGGCCAAACUCAGUAAAAAUGUGUCUAUAAAAUAUUCCAUUGAAUUGAAAAAUUAAAUAACACUUACCCUUACCUUGAAGAUAUUUAAUAUUUGAAUUAAAAAAUAAUUUUCUAAUUGUACUUUAGGGAAUUUACUUGAAAAAAAAUCUAAUACAAACAGCAAUAAUGGUGUUUUUUACUUCUAGAUUUGGAUAUUUCAGUUUCACAGGGAAAUCUCUAUAAGAGAUAAAAGAGAUGAUUUUUAGUUCCCUUUUGUUUAUUUUCGCUUUUUGGAUGGUGAUGUUCCUUUGGGCCCUUCCAUCGUUUGCUUUGUUAGUGUCUGUAGUGACAUAUAAGAUUUAAAGUAAAGCCAUAUGGGAUUUUUCAAAUUUAACAUUAAAAAAUCUUUAAUUUUAUUAAAAUCUUCAGAAAUGUACUGCUAUUGAAUAAUUAUCUUCCCUACUCUAAUUGACCAACAACUCUUUGGUAUGCAGUGACCUUAACCAUAACACCUUUCAUUAGAAAUCCAGCAAUGGCACACGGCAAGUGAAAAGUUGAAAACUGAUGAAAGAAAAAAAUAAACAAAUAUGGAAGAAGUAUUAAUCCAUUGUGAAAGAAAUCUUUAAAAUACACCAAAUUAUUUACUGGUAACAACUGUUAUGAAAAAGUUGAAUAAAUAAAUUUGAACACAUGGAAAAUAUAAAAAAAACAAAACUAAACAAUGCUGUAUCAUCUCAAUAAUUUUUCAGGUGCUCCAUGGUUCUAUGUUGAUUGUUUAUUAAGGUCAUGAUUUGGUAAACUUCAGCUACAAAACCCCAAAGUUAAUUAGUAGCUAAAGUUUUCAAUCAAUAAUCACUAAAUGAAUUUUUUUUUAUUAAACGUUAAGGAUUCAGAUUAAAUGUAAAAAAAAGUGCACAUAGGACUUAGUUUAGUAUAUAUGCAUGCAUUGCUUCAUUAAUUUCCUUAACAUUAUAUUCACCAGAAACAUGUUUGAUUUGACUAAAACAUAAACUUUGUAUAACAGGUAAAUUAUUAAGUAAAGUUACCACAAAUUACUGUAACUUCAGAAAAUUCUGCAAAGUUUUUAUAGUUGGGAAAAUUGUGACCAAAAAGGUUUUGAAAAAAUAAAAACUUGCAUUUUAAGUUUUUGAUAGCAUUAUUUGUCAUCACUUGGAGUCUGUCGUCAUCCGCUAACUUUUACAAAAAUCAUCUCCUCUGAAACUACUAGGCCAAAUUUAACCAAACUUGGCCACAAUCAUCAUUGGAGUAUCUAGUUUAAAAAAAAGAACAUGUAUUCAUUGACCCCGCCUGCCAACCAAGAUGGCCGACAUGGCUAAAAAAAACCAGGGGUAAAAUGCAAUUUUUAGCUCACCUGAUCAAAAGGGCCAAGUGAGCUAUUGCCAUCACUUGGAAUACUUGGUCAUUGUCUGUUGUCGUUGAUGUAAACUUUUUCAAAGUUCUCCUCUAAAACUACAGAACCAAUUUCAACCAAACUUUAAAUAAAUGAUCCUAAUGGUA